AUGGCGAAUCUUACAGAAAUGUUAACAAAUUCUCAAGUAGGAUAUUCACAUGAAUCAGAUGCUGCUAGCUCUGUGGACGCUUUGAGCAUCACUUACUGUGACGACACAGCAACAACCAAAUCACCAGUUCAACCAGAAUCAGCACAAACUAGUAAAUUACUUUGGAUUAGAUUUAUUCUUUUGUUUGCAUAUUUUGAUUGUUUUCUUGGAAUGAUAUUUUACCGAUUCUUAUCUGUAGGCAAUCAUUCUCAUAUUAAGUUGUCAUUUAGCAAUGUCAAAGACCCUCAAACAGUCAAUCAAAUAUUUUCCAAUCCACCACGUGGUUAUACACCACUAGUGUCAGCUCUUCAAAGCAUUUUUCAGUUGCCAGCAACUCGUCGAGGUUACGAUAAAAAGGUUCUUGUUUUUAUUGCUACCGAUGGAGCACCUACCGAUGACUAUGGAAAUAUUAAUGUUCAAGAUCUUGAACACGUAAUGAAUGUAGUACGCCAAAUAGAAACAACUCAUGUCAUGUUUCUAAUAUGUACUGAUGAUUCAACUUGUGUUGACUAUUUAAAUGAAUGGAAAAAUACUAUGGCAAAUGUAGAUGUUACAGAUGAUUAUAGAACUGAAAGGGACAAAGCACAAAGAAAAUAUGGAUUAAAUGCUCCGUUUUCAAUUGGAGAUUAUAUUGUUAAAGCAUUGGUUGGUGCUAUUGAUCCGAAUUUAAAAGCUAUUUAA